CAAACCCAAGAAGAAACUCAACCCAGGACAGCCAGGGGAGCCAAGAUCUGCAGCACGGCCACACAGGACAGAGUGACUCCGGCGACGAUGGCCGUGGACCUGAUGGGCUGCUACGCCCCGCGCCGCGCCGACGACCAGCUGGCCAUCCAGGAGGCGGCCGCCGCCGGCCUGCGCAGCCUGGAGCUGCUGGUGUCCUCCCUCUCCGCCGCGGCGCCGUCCACCAAGGCGCACCAGCCUCAGCAGCCGUUCGGGGAGAUCGCGGACCAGGCCGUGUCCAAGUUCCGCAAGGUGAUCUCCAUCCUCGACCGCACCGGCCACGCCCGGUUCCGCCGCGGCCCCGUCGAGCCCCCGCCAGCGCCCAAGGCGGCUCCGCCACCCCCUGCUCCGCCGGCGGCGGCUCCCGUGACGGUCGUGGCGCCUGUGUCGGUGGCGGCGCCGUCGCUCCCGCAGAAGAGCCUGACGCUGGACUUCACGAAGCCCAACCUGGUGAGCAUGUCGGCGGCGACGACUUCCGUGACGUCCACGUCCUUCUUCUCGUCCGUGACCGGCGGGGAGGGCAGCGUUUCCAAGGGCCGGAGCCUCAUGUCGGCCGGGAAGCCGCCGCUGUCGGGGCACAAGCGGAAGCCGUGCGCCGGCGGGCACUCCGAGGCCAACACGACCGGCAGCCGAUGCCACUGCUCCAAGAGAAGAAAGAACAGAGUUAAGACGACGAUCCGCGUCCCGGCGGUGAGCUCGAAGAUCGCUGACAUCCCGGCGGACGAGUACUCGUGGAGGAAGUACGGGCAGAAGCCCAUCAAGGGAUCCCCUUACCCACGUGGCUACUACAAGUGCAGCACCGUGCGAGGGUGCCCUGCUCGGAAGCACGUGGAGCGCGCGCUGGACGACCCGGCGAUGCUGGUCGUGACCUACGAGGGCGAGCACCGGCACUCGCCGGGGCCGUCGCUGAUGGCGCCGUCGCCGCUGCCGAUGCCGAUGCCGAUGAGCGUGUCAGCCGGCAACGGGCAUGCCUAACUUACUACAGUAGCUUUUUUUUGUUGGUUGUUCUUCCCCUCCUCUUUGAGUGAGCGGGGCUUGGAUGGAUCUCGGUCAAUCUGAUGAUGAUGAUGUGGUUGUAAAGAAGAAGCAGAAAUAUUGUAGAAAGAGGGAGAGGGAACUCGAUGAUGGCAGAACAUUUUACAACUCUCCCGACUCAAUUUAGAUUUAGUUGGUUGCUCCA